GCCGAAAGGCUGGGUAUUGACGACAUGGGAAGUGAGCGACCCGCACGGAGAGGCAGAUCAGACUCAAGCAUAUGGCUAAUCUGCGUUUUAACAGCGGCCCUCAUUAUCACGGGUAUCUGCUGGAGGAUUCAUGUGUCACAGAUUCGUCAGUCUAAGGAAACCUGCCACCGAAACUACAAUGAGUUAAACUCAACCCUUCAAUCCAAGCUUACUGCGCUCAACUCUAAUCUGUCCGUUCUUAAACAAUUGCACAACGAUAUCCGUCACCAUUUCUGUGCAUUGUUGACCGGCAGAAGAGAGCAAAUGUGUUCCGAGGACUGGGUCACAAAUAAAGACAGGAGUUAUUACGUAUCCACGUUUGAUACAUCUUUCCACAAAGCGAUGCAAGAAUGUUCAAACCAUGAUUCAAGGCUGCUGGAAAUCAAUUCAAGCGAUGAAGCGCGCUUUGUAUACGACAAUCUUCUGGAUAGCAAACGUGUCGACAGAAACAGUGCUUACUGGAUUAAAAAAUGCGUAAACGGGACGGUGGAACAGAAUGUCCUGUACAAGCCGUCCUCUGGAACGCCCGCCUGUAGUCAGUGCGGAAGGAGCUACCCUUGUUCUGGUUUUUGGCGUUUCAUCUGCGAGAAGUCGGCACCUUUGUUCCCGGAUAUUCCUGAAAAGAUCCAGGAUCUCUGUCAAUAGCCAGUGGAGUCGAUAUGAAUCAAGGCAGCCUCAAAGACGUGUUGUCCCACGGCAACGUGACCUCCCGACUCCUGUACUCAGUGUGACUGGUGAAGACCAGCGGGCCAAGUGUCCUGUCCACCCUAUCGGUUGUUUUCCACUGGAAUCGCUAUUUCGAUUAUUAUCUGAAGCUUAUAACCUCUGGAAUUUGUACUUCUGAAGCAUCAGU